AUGACUGAAUUGAGAGAAAUAUUCGCGGAGCUGGGGAUCUCUCACUACCUCAAUGACUUCAUAGAGCAGGGCUUCGACAGCUGGGACACGAUCCUCGACAUAACUGAGUCUGAUUUUGAUGCGCUUGGUGUCAAACUUGGCCACCGUAGAAAGCUCCAGCGCAAGAUCGCCAACUCCAGAGGGUUAUCCUCAGACCGCGCCUUAGGUUCUCCUACUCGAAAUACCCCAAGCGAUGAUCGACAGGCAGAAGAGCACAAGGGAAACAGCGCGAGAGAUGGAAAAGAGGCUGGCACCGGCACCGGCAGCGGCCCGCAUGGGGCGAAGCGCAAGUACCGACGGCAUCCUAAAUCAGACGAGAAUGCGCCCGAAAGACCACCCUCUGCAUACGUGAUUUUCUCAAACAAAAUGCGUGAAGAGCUCAAGGAGAAGAAUCUCUCCUUCACCGAGAUAGCGAAGCUGGUCGGGGAGAAUUGGCAGAGUCUCUCGCCGGGCGAGAAGGAACCAUACGAGCAGCAGGCUUUCACUGCCAAGGAGAAGUACAAUGCCGAACUUGCUGAAUAUAAAAAAACCAGCCAGUUUAGGGAGUACUCGCAGUACCUUGUAGAAUUUAAGGCCAGGCAGUCAAACCAGCAACAGGUGAAUGACUUGGAAGUCACCAAACGACCCAAGCUCGAGAACCAGAUGAGGACUGUGAGCAGCGGAACGACGAGCAGCAGCACCAGUCAACAAGGCAGGGAUACCCCGACUGGACGCGCGCGUGUCGAACCGCCUGCUGCAACGAGCACGGGUCAGUGGCCUGCGCAUGACGACCGCCUUUCUCCUGCAAUGGCAUUGCCUGUCGGCCAGACAGGGAAAAGCCUGUCACCCGCUUCGUCUUCCGGUACACUUCCCGGCUAUCGUGAAGCCAUCUUUGGUGGCAGCUCGCAAUCGCUUCCAUGGAGAGAAGGCAAUCGGGAUGAAAAUUCCAUGUCCCUUCAGCAGCAUCGUCGAGUAACCGGCAUUGGUGAUAGACAGAGUUACCCGGGUCCUCCCAUGGCAGAUUCGUUGAAUCCGACUGGGGGUCUGCAACAUGCCCAUCGAAUGGUGCAGGGUCGUCCGCCGCCGCCGCCGCCGUCUUUGAUAUCGGAAUCCACAAAGUCAUCUGGAUCGUCUGCCAGCACGAACUCUCCAGCAUUCUUGACUCCACGAACGCCAUUGGAACCCCAUUUGGAACGGUCUCUUCCAAUCCCCUCUCUAUUCCCACAGAAGUCUACUGGCACUUAUGAAAACCAGCUUCCGCCACUAAGGGUGCCAUCUUUGUCCCCCCAAUCAGCAAUGCUCGGCUCCCAGAACUCUCCAAAUAACAUCCCUGGCAUGCAAGAUUUUCCAACCUCAAUGCCCCCCAUGCGUGGCUACCCGAACAUGAAUUUACAGGAGAGUGGUCCAGCCGAUAACAACGAUCCUAGAAUCCGUGAGUUUGGUUCUCCCGAAGAUAACAACUUAGAUCCUGUCAGCGCUUUGCUGAGAGCUGGUGAGAUCGUCAACCAGAAAAGUAGAGGUCCGCCACGAAACUAGAAAACUUCCGCCACCUAAAGUAAUCUAUUAUAUUACGAGAUCGAUAAAAAAAAGCCUUUAUAUUCCAGCUCUAUUGUUCAUACGGGAGGAGUGCUGAUGUUCCUCGAUAUCUAUCUAUCUAUAUUCGCUGCGUUAUGGAGGGGUAUAUCUGCCGGUGUCUGGUUGGGGGUUUGGCGCUUUAUAUUGUCCAGUUCCGGUUUUACGCAUGGCAUGACGGUGAUGAUUCCCGCGGGUCGUUGGUCAACUUCUCUUAAGAUGAAGUUUCGUUCAUCCCGGACGCCGCAGAGGUGUAAGGAC